AUGAAGACUGACAUUCUUACAAAACAUGUACUCGGGAAGGUUCUGGCAUACGCAUAUGUUAUUGAGUACCAAAAAAGAGGCUUACCACAUGCCCACAUGAUCAUUAUUUUGGAUGACAAUGAUAAGUUACGCACUCCUGAUGAUUAUGAUUACAUUGUCAGAGCUGAAAUUCCAGACAAGAGAUUAGAGCCUACAUUAUACAGUGCAGUUCUGAAACACAUGAUACAUGGCCCAUGUGGAAUGUACAAUGAACGGUCCCCGUGUAUGACAAAUGGUCGGUGCAAAAGACGUUUUCCAAAGCCAUUUUCUUCAAUUACUACACUUGGAAACGAUUCAUAUCCUGUUUAUCGAAGAAGAGAAGGGGAAUCAGUUCCUUUAGAGAGUAAUCCAAGCGUCUUGGUGGAUAAUAGUUGGGUCAUUCCGUAUAACCCAUGGUUGCUCUUGAAAUAUGAUUGUCAUAUCAAUCUUGAAAUUUGUAGUAGUGUUACAAGUGUGAAGUAUUUAUACAAAUAUGUUUAUAAAGGGCCUGACCGUGUUGCACUAGAAGUUCGUCAAGGUCCCAAUUAUGACGAAGUACAACAGUUCAUAGAUGGAAGAUGGCAUAAUAAGAAUAUAUCAGAAUACGAUUUGCCUGAGAUGACAAUGAAUUUGGAUGAUAAUUCAACAGUUCCAAAGGUCAUACAAGAUGAGUUUUCCAUUGUAACUCCUCGAGAAAACUUAAAUUCUAUUGCCACAUUAAAUAGUGAUUAA